UUAACUAUAGGUCCAGACACAACACAGAGAGUAUAGGCGGUACCCCUACUACUACUGAUAUACUCCUGAUACUACAGUACAGGAUUAUAUAAACCAGACCACAGCAUCUAAAGCUAAUGUCAUUUGUGACUUCCAUCAGCGGCCACCAACUGACCAAGUACAAUACCAGCAGCGGCCUCAGAUAAUGGAUGAGAUACUACUGAUUCAACAGCAGCAGCAGCAAGCGGUUCAGAGCAGCCUAGCUAAUGGACGGGAUACUCCUAGUAGCUCGACCGAUUCUGAUCAAGAAACUUCUCCAGUUCUUCCGAGUUCGCCUACUGCUCCCGGGCAGGGAGAGCUGAGUCUUCCAGUGAAGCAGCAGCAGAUGUACAUUUGGAAUGACAACUUUGAGAAAUGGCACGAAUGCACUGUAUCGCUCCAACCACCUCAUCUUUACAUAAAGGAACACGAAGACACCAGAAUUGAGAUUCAGGAUAAACAAUUACACCAUCACAAGGAAAAGUGGUUUCAUGGCGGUAUCAGUAGAAAAGAAGCUAAGGUUAUAUUACAAGAUUUUGCAGGUGGGGACGGGAGCUUCUUAGUAAGAAUCAGCGAAAGUUAUACUGGGAAGUUCGCCAUAUCAUUCAUGCAUGAAGGACGGGUUAAACAUGUCGUUAUAGAGACGAGACCAGAUACUGUUGCUGGAGUACUAUACUACAUCACUCCCCAGGGACCUUGCUUUGACUCACUCACUGGACUAAUAGAAGAGGCUAAGAGACACUGCAUUAUCAAGAACCAACUGUUUGAUGUAGUACUGAAGAAAUCACCUCCAAAACCUGAUCAAAGAUGGCUACACAAGAGUAUCAAGUCAUUCUCUCAUGCUGAGAAGCUAAUGAAGAAAGAGACAAGAGAAGGAUCGUACCUUGUCUAUAAGACCAGCUCAGACUAUGCUCCUUAUUCACUAGUGUACAGGUAA